AUGGUGCCAGGCCAGCACAGGGUGGGGCGGAGUACCCUAAGGAAGAACCGCAACCAUUUCAUCGGCCAAACAGAGCAAUUCAGCAUCGACUACCAUGCCGCCCAUGACAAGUCGCUCGCCGAGCUGCCGGUAUUGCAGGAGCAGCACCAAUUGGAGGUUGAGGAGUAUCAGAACGCCCUGGAAGAGGCGGUCGCCCGCCACGUUGCCCGCAUAGCACAGCUCCGUCAGGACUACUCCCUAAUGGUGAAGGAGGCAAGUCGCCGCCACUUGGAGCUACAGCAGCGCCGGUUCGCGGGGGCGAAGGUGGAGGUCCCGCAGCCCGCAGCCCUUCAGCCCCCCUCCCUGCCACCGCUGUCACCCCCCGUGUCAGUGCCAGGGAUAACCUCAAACGUCCCUCUUCUGCCGCUGCCCGGCAAGUCCAGCGCCGCCGCCGCGGCCGCGCACGCCAACGCCGUCGCCGCCGCGGCCGCGCAGGAACAAGCCCAGAGUCACUCUCUUGGCCAGGUCCACCCCAACGCCUACCUAAAGACUCUGGACAACGGCGCCGCCUCGGCCAUGGCGAACUACAGUACCCGGCCCCCAUCCACCCCCAACGCCCUCUCCUCCCUCACCCUCGCCAACCCACCCCCGACCAUUGGCCCACGGGUCACCACGCCGCCAGAUCCCAACGCCCGCGGCUCGGACUUCCACCGCCUGGAAGCCAUGCACGAAAAGUACAUGAGCAGGACCCGCUCCCUGCACGAAUACGGCCUGGCUUCCCGCGCGAGCGAGGUCGCGGCCUGGGCGCAGACGUUUGCCGCCUGCAUGGGCGCCCUCGCGCAGCACCAGUCGAGUUCCCUGUCGCACCUGGCGGCGUGUGUGGAGGAGGCGGAGGCCUGGCACGCGCAGCAGCGCUCCGCCCUCAGCUCCGCGCACGAGGAGAUUCUGGGGGAGGCUGAGCGGCUCGGACGCCAAUUGGAAGUCCAGCAGUCCGCAGCGGCGUCCAAGCUCGCGGGUUUGCUGGCGUCCUUCCUGGAACGCGUCCUGCCUACCGGGGAGGUGGGUCUAGCUGAGGCACAGGCGGCAUACACCCGCGCCGCUGCGAACCUCCGUAAUGAACACGUGGCCUCCCUGGAGGCGACAGAGGGGGCGUUGCGGGCUCUGGUGCCCCGCCACGCGGCGAUGCGGCAGCACAUGGCCGCGGCGUACUCUGCGGGUUUGGCGGCUCACGAGGCGGCGAUGGCGGCGGCGGGCGGGCACUAUGAUUCGAGGGGGAUUCCGGAGCUGCGGCGGCAGUAUGAGGAGGCGGAGGCGAGGCACCGGGACGCGCUGGCGGCCAUUCGUGCUGAUCAUCUGAAGGGGCUGGCGGCUUCGCGGGAGGGGUGGAUGGGGGAGGCUGCGGCGCUGCUGGAGGAGUACCGGGCCCGCAUGCAGGAGCUCAAGUCGCAGUUUGUGUUGACGUAUGAGUGGCGCACCCCGGCUGUGCAGCAGCCGUCAUGGUGGCCGCUGGUUUCAGCGCACCCACUUGUUACCCCGUCGCCCCAUAUGACCCCGAGCUGGUGGAGCCUGGCCCGGUGCUACCGCUGGGAGCGUGCUGCACAGCUCUGUCACCUGCAGCCGUCCAUGGCGGCAGAUGCAGCCUAG